AUGGCAGGAAACAGCCCGCUGCAUUAUGCCCUUGCCUAUGGCUGGCAGGACUUGGCAGACAUGUUGGUGAAGUGCGGCCACGAUCCGGACAUGCAGAACAAGUGGCGGAACUCUCCCGUCGACGUGGCGCUGUUGAAGGGCCACUCCGCCUUGGCCGCCUGGUACGUCUCGGAAUGCCCCAUUCAGCCGGACAGCCUGGACGACCAGGGCCGUACGCUUCUGUCUCGCGCCUGCGUCUCCUUGACCGGAGCCAUGGGACGGAGCUGGCAGGUCCUCCUUAAAGCCUUGGUUGAGAAACGGGGAGCAAACGUCAACCUUCCCGACGGUCAGGGCGACCUGCCAAUCUGCCUCGCAGCCCACGCCUGCCGUUCCUCCAGCAAUCCGCAGCUGAAUGAAUCGCUGAAAAUCCUUUGCGCAGCCAAAGCGGAUGUGGGCCGCCGAGCCGAGAAAGGACAAUUCCAAGGACAGUCUGCCAUCUCCAUCGCCUUGAGGGGCAGCAACAGCGAUCUUCUGAGGCUCAUGCUCCAAAGUGGCGCCGGCGUCGCCACCCACGGACGGGGCGAGACAUUGCUCCACGCGCUCCCAGAGAGGUUGAUUCGGAUGGCUGCAUGGAAUCGCACGGAGGAGAAGUCUGCCGCUGACAUCUUUGAGACUAUUUGCGCCUGCGUGCCAGCCGAUGCUCUGAAGGGCAUGGCCGGCACGAUGGAGCAGUUCGGCCUUCGUCCGCUCCACUCAGCCAUCCUGCACUUCAACCAGGCCAUCGCUGCCCUGCGUGCUGCCCGCGAGGCCAAGGCCGCAGAAAUGCGCAACCUUCAGAAGCAGCUGGAGGAUGCCACCAACAAGAGUCAGAGUACGACGAUGUCGCAGAUUCGCCACGCGAUUACUGCCAAAGAGCCUGAGCUCCAAGCAGCCACGGCGACGGAGGAGGCCGGCCGGAGCGAUUUCCAGAAGUUCCUCAAGUGGCUCAUGGAUGUCGCCGGCGCAGACCUCCUGGUGCAGGUUGGCGAGCUCGAGAAACCCUGGAACGAGAUCGAGAAGCCGAAUGCUUCCAAGACACCUCCCACGCUGCCUCCAAAGCUGUCAUCCACGAUCUGGUCGGUGUUUCCGCUCUACAAGGAUGUCCUCGAUCGCAGCGUUCCCGCCCACUCGCAGGAAGUCUACUUCAAGUACCACCCUGGUGUUGGCCUCGCUACGCCACUCAUGUUCCUCAUCCAGAGUGGGGACUCACCGAGCGUGGCAUGGUUCUUGGAGGAGCUAACGAAAAGAGGCAAUCUGGAGGCAGCCCUGAAAAGUGCCACGCUUUUUGGCUUCACUCCCCUGGCCCUCGCGGUCCAGCAAAAGGGCGCUCCACUCUCCGAGAACGUCGUCGCACGCCUUGCCUCUCCUGGCGCUGCAGCCGUCCGCCAGUUUGAUGGGCGCACUGCCCUGCACCUUGCCACUGCAGGCGGCCCCAGCAAUUGGUCUGGACAGCUUCGCGAAGGUGGCAAGGAUUCCCGUGCUGUGGCUUUCCAGGCAGCUCUUACCGCCGCCAAGGCGGCCGGAACCCUCAACGUCGCAGAUGCCUCCGGCCACACCGCUUUGUGCGCCGCCUUGUCGGCCAAUGGUCCCGCCGCACCCAAGCUCCUUCAGGAGUAUCCGUUGGGUCUCUAUGGCGGCCUGUUCGCCGAGAAGGAGGCCACGAUCACCUCAGUGGAGAUGGAGAUGUAUCAGGCAUUCCAAGAGAAGGAGAAGGAGAUGCUCUCGGGCGCCAAGCUGCUAGCACCAGUUGCUGGCACUGCUGGUGAGUCCCUGAAAGUCGCCGGCAUGGGCAAGCACAUCAAGUGGGGUUUCGACGAUGAGGGCGCCUAUGUUAGUGCCAUCAAGAACCCAGAAGCAGAAACGAACGGCAUCAAAGUUGGGAUGCGAUUGACCAUGAUCGAGAGCCAGCCUCUGGCGGGUAUGACCAGGCAACAGAUUACAAGCACCUUCUCCAACCAGAAAGGUGCCACUGCAAUGCUCACCUUCCAGAGCCCCGGCGGAGCGACGCCGGCGGAGACUUCGGCGGGCUUCGGCUUCGGACAGAGCCCUGCACCGGUGCAGCCAGCCCCGGGCUUCGGUGCCUUCGGUGCCAAAGCAUCCUCUCCUGCAUUGGGCGGCGCGCCGGCCUUCGGUGCGCCGGCCUUCGGUGCGCCUGCUUUUGGGGCGCCGGCUUUUGGG